CAUCAUUCAUUUGACUCAAACGCACUAGACACACUACAAGAUGGCACCUCAACCACCUCACCCAUUGCGCCGCAUAUCCACAGGCUCGCUAUCGACCCUCGCUAGAUCUCAGGAUCGAUCCGCGGCCUCGCCAUCUGGACUGGACUUCCUAGGACCAGCGAUGAUGGAAUUAGCGGAUGAAGCCGCGACGCUAGCUGCGAACAUUGAGCAUUUGAACGAGAUGCACGAUGCCUUGGGGACAUUCAAUGAGAGUUUUGCGGCCUGGAUGUACGCUUUGAAGAUGAAUGCGUUCUGCGUCGAGUGGCCUCAGGCGCCUAGCGAGUCGACGUAUAGUCGAUUACCACAGCUCGAGGAGGCUAUGGCGGCAGUUCAGAAGCGCGCCCAGAAAAAGGAUGGGCCAACUGAAUCCUCAAGGAAGGCCACAGCGACACCCAUAGCGGAUAUGACAUACAAGACUGAGACUGGCAGUCCAUCACCUCCGCCGAGGAAGAGUCUAGCACCGAAGAAGAGUGUCGCUGCGGGACCAAGCGCUGCGGCAAAGAAGGCCGCAGUGGACAAGAAGAAGAGGAGAAUGGUAGAGAUAUCUGGAUACAUUGACAUGUUACCGUUGGAAUAUCGCGGAGCACAGCCGGCGCAGCGACAGCAUAUGGAAACGAUAAUCAACAAACUGAUGGAUAAGCCAGCGGGAGCAGCCAUGAAAGACUUGCUUGAUCCACCUCAGUUGCCUCAAGCAAAAGUCAACAAGUGUCUUAUCGCUCUGGUGGGGAAGAAACUCGUAGUGAAGGAGAAUGUAGGGGGUGCGACUUGGUACAAAUGGGUUGGUGUAUAGUUUGCCUGGGGAUCCGCAACAGCUUGCCAUGAUGCGCGUCGAAAGUGGUGGACAGGCGCCUCUGAGCAAGCCUGGACUUGCUAAUUUCUCGAAUGGACCAUGAUACACCCUUCUGCCUCGCUCGACGCGUCGCUAAAGGUGCGGCUGUGAUCGAGAUCAUGGGUCUAAUCGUCGCCUCAUUGUAUUCGUAGCCUGUUGUAUGAAAGGCAUGAAUGUGCAUGAUGCGAGA